AUGGGCAAUCAACCGUUCUUCACACUCGAGGACUUCAAGAUGGCUUUCAGCCUGUUCUGCUGUAUAUGCGGCAUUGGCACGCUCGGCAUGCCCGGCAACUUCGCGCGCACUGGACCCGUGCUUGGCUUCUUCGCCACGGCCUUCAUUGCUUUCGCUAAUAUCUACGCGUCAGUCUCCAUGUCCAAGGUUUUGCUGUUGGCGCCGCCGACUGUCAAGACACCGGCCGCUGGCUGGCUGUUAUCUCAAAUGGGCUCGUGUCUGCUCAUCCCGUGCGUCUUCCUCGUUCUUGGCGGCGGGCUGCUUGAUGGUCUCUUCCCAGGCGCAUUCAGCCCCACAGUUUGGAUCGUUCUCAUGACGGUGACGGUGCUACCGCUUUGUCUUGUGCCGACGCUCAAGGAGGGAGCAGGCGCUACGUUCGCGGGUUGCAUGGGCACGCUGGUUGCAGACGGUCUCGCCAUAGCGAUCAUCGCGCACGGGAUGGAGGGCCACCCUAGCAUUCCAACACCUGGACUUGACCUCGACCAAGUCAUCGGCGCGUUCGGUAGUCUUUCGCUCGGUUACGGAGCCGGUAUCGUGCUCCCGGACGUGCAGCGCCAACACAGCGAGCCAAGUCGCAUGGCGCGCGUUGUAGGCGCCACCAUGAUAUUCAUCAUGUGCAUGCUCAUGGUUAUCGGGAUGGUGCCGUACUUCUCCAUGGGCUGCCAAGGCGGGGGAAACAUCCUGUACACGAUCUACCCCGACUCGACCACUGUGGGCUCAGUGAUCGCCUAUCUGGCAAUACAAAUGCACAUUACGAUCGCGUUCGCUGUGCUGCUGAACCCAGCCUUCUACAUCGCCGAGCGGUUGGUGCUGGGCAUGCACCAGCAGGCCCCGGAGGAUGUCGAGAACGGUUUGCAGUACCAAGAAGCUGGAACGCCCGUUGCGCGCGCGAGCAUCACGUCUGAGCGUCGAUCGAAGACGUCCUUUGUGCCUGUUGCUGCUGGUCACCAGCCUACCAAUUCCCACGAGGCGGAGGUUGCUGAGUACCGUGGUGCUAACGCGAUCAAGUACGUUGUGCUGCGCGUCACCAUCGUCGUCAUCUUGGUGGUGCUGUCUAUCAUCUUCCGGGAUCACUUCUCCGACUUUGCCGAUUUCGUCGGAGCGUCCGCCAUCACGGCCAACUGA